CGAUAUUCAAGAUGGCAGCGGUAGCAGCUGGAGAUGAACAUGCUGCCUCUGAAGUUUUAAGAGGACUCGCCAGACAUUUGAAUUGCCUAAACGAGGAUAACAAGGCAACAAGAAAGAGAGCUCUCGAGCUGAUCAAGAAAGAGACAAUAGAUAAAGGACUUUCCAGUAGCGUUUUACAGGAAGUGUUCUUUGCCCUCCUCAAGCCUCUCCUCAAAUGUCUGUCAGACCCAGUGGAGAAAUGCAGAGAAACCACGAUUGCAAUGUUAACGGAAUUUAUUCGCUGUGUCCCAAAGCCGGAGGACUCGCUGCCUUAUCUAAUACCAUGCCUGGCUCAGAGGUUUGGGGAGAAAGAAAUCUUAGAGCCGGCGGAAGAGCUUCGCCUGUUGGCCAUUGAGAUGUUGAGUCUAACGGUAGAGGUGUGUGGGAAGCAUUUAGCCCUCUAUCUGAACGAAAUUAUCCGGAUACUGCAGACAACCAUCGUCGACCCCUUCCCGGAUGUUAAGAGAGAAAGCUGUAAAUGCACCAUAAACUUUGCAAAGAGCGUCCCAGAACACUUUCACUUGCAAGCCGACAGCCUUGUAAAGCCCCUCAUGCUGACGAUAGCUCAUCAGCACUCCAGAGUACGGGUGUCAGUCAUCGAGGCCACUGGGGCGGUUAUUCAGCAUGGCACUGGAAAGAACGUGGAUGAUGUACUCUCACACCUGGCACAAAGACUAUUUGAUGACUCACCACAGGUGAGAAAAGCUGUAACUGCUGUCGUUGGUGAUUGGCUGUUGCACAUGAGAGACCGGUACUCCUAUUUUCACAAACUCAUUCCACUCCUGCUAAGCAGCAUCAGUGAUGAGAUCCCAGAAAUAAGAAUUCUUGCAGCUGAUUUAUGGACACAGACGGGCGCACAGUGGGAGAAGGAGAAUGAGGACGAUAUCAAGGACAAGAUGGACUUUGAUCUCACACCACCUCCACACUACCCUCCCGGAGUUGAGCGUCCAGGGCUGGGCUGCAGAGAGUUGGUAGUGAGAAACCUGGGCAGGUUGGUGCCGGCAAUAGCCCAUGAUGUGACUGACUGGCUGGUGCCAACUCGAGUCAGGACUUCCCAGCUUCUCUCUGUGCUGCUGCUACAUGCCGAGGACCACAGCACUCAGCACCUGCAGCCUCUGCUGGCCACCCUCUACCGGGCGUGCACCGACACAGAGAGGGAGGUGGUCAUCAGUUGCCUGGCAGCUGCAAAACUGAUAGGGACCUUUGUCCCGCCACCUGUCUUCCUGAAGCUGAUGCUGGAACAUGUGACAGCUCCAUGCUCUUCCUCCCACCCCUGGACAGCCCUCAUGGUUCUGGCUUCAGUGCUGGGUGGCAGCUCCAGACCCCUUCUGAAACCCCAUCUCCAGCAGAUCGCCCAAACUCUGGCCCUGCCCUGUGUCUGCCAGGAAUAUCAACAGGUUGCGUACUUGAAGCAGUUGUUGGCGUGUGUGGAUGUGCUGCUGCAUCAGUGUGAGUCAGACUGCAGCUCCGUCAGCCUGCAGCUGCUGCAGGUGCUGGUCACCGUCCAGAGCCUCUCCACCGAGCCACAGCUCAGCGCAAAGGCCUUGGAAAGUGUACACUUUUUAAGUACUGUCCAGGGGCUGGACCUGAUGGAGCUCUAUAGACAGCAUAUGAGGCAGCUUCUGGACUGGUUGUCUGCUUCCAUCAACACCUGGUCACCCUACUCCCCUCAGAGACUCCAGCUACACAUCGUAGUCACACAGUCAGGUCCAGUGAUUGGGGAGUUUCUGAACCAGAUGAUGCCUCUCCUCUAUAGCUGCCUUCAGCCAAACAGAGACACUGAAAUGAGGAUGAGCAUUUUCACUAUGCUUGCCAAAUUGUUGCUGGAUGCAAACAACACACUGGAUUCCCAAGGACACUUCCACGAUCACGCCGAGAAGUUUCUGUGUGACAUCCUGCUUCCUAACCUGGUGUGGCACGCGGGCCGCACCGCCGCCGCCGUCCGCACCGCCGCCCUCAGCUGCCUGCUGGCCCUGCUGCACGGGGGGGCCAUCACAUCCGGACAGUUGCUGUGUGUGGAGGAGAAGCUGAGCCCACAGCUGCUGUCAGCCUUGGAGGAGGAUUCCCAGAUGAGCAGGCUGUUCGCAUGUCGCUCUCUUUCUGCCUUGCUCAAGCUCAUAGGAGCCAGUCUGCAUCAUGAUGCUCUCCACAAGAUUUACCCAGAGCUGCUGAAGCGCCUGGAUGACAGCAGCCAGGAGGUGCGCAGCGUGGCCCUGCAGGCUCUGGGGCUGUGGCUGUCCAGCCUGACCACAGACUACAACCCGGAGCUCUGCGCCGCUCACCUGCAGCUCCUCUUUCAGCAGCUGCUCCUGCAUCUGGACGACCCCGACAGCUCGGUCCAGGACCAAGUGCUGGAAAUCCUGAAGAAGGGCAGCUCGGUCCACCCUGUCCUCCUGAGGAAGGAGGUGGAGGCUGUGAGGGACAAACAGCGGAGUCCUCUCUAUUGCGACCGGCUGCUGCAGCACAUGGGCUCGCCGCCCACUGAGCCGGCCGCCGGCAGCCUGGAGUGACCGCACACACAUCCCAAACAUACACACAUGCUUUCUGUGCCUUACCUGGGAGGAGUUUCACUCUUCUCCAACUGUCAAACAUGGUAUAAUUGGAAGCUUUACGCAUGAAUUAUACAAAGUAAAUGUUCUUUUUUUAUUAUUUAAAACUUCUAAAGUGUCCUGUUGUGAAAAAGGUUUCAGAAGAUGUUCAUUCCUGUUUUUAACUCCUACAGUUCUGAUGAUUGGUUUUUAAUCAACAGAUUUUUGGGUUUGUGUAAGUGAUGUUUUUUGAUAAAUUAGCUGUCAUACUUGUUAUGUAACUUAGUAUGAAA